CCAUUUUCCGUGGUGGUUAUCUGCCAUCCACAUCAUUGUACCUCUGCCUGAGGCGUCGCCGAUGAUGGCAACUUGUAGCGAUGGCUCAAUAGUUGAAGCGAGCGAGCGAGCCAGAGAGGGGCCCCCCCUUUAUGGUAUCUCAUUAUUCCAUCGAAACUUUCCCGACCCCCUGCGAUCCAUCGCUGUUGCCCACACCGCAAAGCGGCGAAAACCACGACCUUACAAGCAAAUCCGCCGAGAAAAGCCCCUCCUGGGAAAUCGAACAAACCACCCAUGUUACCGCCGUCGAUGAACAACCCGACGGCGGCCUGCGCGGCUGGCUUACCGUCUUUGGCUCCUGGCUCUUUCAGUUCUGCAUGGUCGGCGCGGUAACCUCUUUCGGCGCCUACCAGGAUUUCUACAGCGAACGCUUUCUCUCCAAUGUCGCGCCGUCGGCUAUUAGCUGGAUUGGGACGAUUCAGUUGUUUUUGGAGUACUUUCUGGGGCUUUCUGUGGGGCGGUUGCUCGAUGCUGGCCAUUUCAGAAAGACCGUUUUGUUUGGCACCGUGGUCUCUGUCGUGAGCAUAUUUGCGCUCUCAUUCUGCCAACAGGGUCAAUAUUACCAAGUGCUCCUCAGCCAAGGUCUCGGCAUGGGAGCUGGACUCGGGAUUGCCUUUUUGCCCACAUCUGGGGUCAUUUCCUAUCAUUUCACAAAACGGAAGGCGUUGGCCAUGGGGAUCGCAACGACUGGAACCUCUCUCGGCGGCUUCGUCUUCUCCGUCCUUCUCAACCGCUUUUUCCAAAUGGAUGGCGUCGGGUUCGCCUGGGGCGUUCGUAUCAUCGGGUUCAUCGUCGCACUUGGACUGGCAGUGGCCAACAUCGUCAUCGACCCCAACCCGCGCAAGCCAGCAAAAACGUCGGAAAUUUCUGUUGACAAGAAUGAGAAACCCAGCGAACCGACAUCGCCGCCUCUCCCCAUCUCCGCCCUCCUCCGCGACCCUGCCUACGUUCUCUGCAUCUCGUCGGGCUUCAUCGUCUGUCUCGGUCUCUACUACCCCAUGUUCUACAUCCAAACUUUUGCGCGGCAGCAUGGUAUCAGCGAAAGUUUGAUCUCAUAUACCCUGGCGACCAUCAACCUUUCGGGAAUCCUCGGACGAACGAUGCCCAACUAUUUGGCGGACAGGGUUGGAGGAGGGUACGGCGCGUUGAAGGUGUAUGUGCCGUGUACGCUUGCGGCGGGCGUGCUGGUUUUUGUGAUGUUGGCGUGCACGCAGCCGGCGUCGUUGGUGGUGUUUUGUAUCCUGUAUGGGUUCUUCUCGGGGUCAAUUGUGUCGCUGUACUUCCCCACCGUAGUCUCCCUCGAUCCAAACGUGACGUCUACUGGAGUCCGUCUCGGCCUAGCCUGUAUGCCUGUAGGUCUCGCAUCCCUAGUCGGGUCACCGAUUACCGCCACCAUCGUCGGGGACGUAGACUUUCAAUGGGCUCGGGGAGAGAUAUUCGCCGGUGGCUGCGAGAUCAUCAGCGCCAUCUUUCUGUUCUUGUGCUUACGGAUCAAGUUGAGGAGAGAGCGGAUGCGGGAGGUAAUGCAGUAAAAUGGGGUCCUGUGGGAUGCCAACACUUUUUGCCGGCAUUGUAGAUAGUCCUUUUUCACUCGAUUUAGACGUAGGUCACCGCUGUAGUUCUCUUCUCAUCCAAACGUUCUUGAUCCGUACAUGCGAACGGCAGCUCGCGAAAAGCGUCAACUGAAAAAAGCGACAGCGCGAAACGCGUUAGCUAAGCCAUGACUUGGCCCACUGACAGCACUUUUCCACCUCCGAUCAUCGGGGCUGCCGGACAUCGGACCGAGGAAAAAAGUGGACGGUCUCCGCCAGAAACUUGAAAACUUAACCAUAACCUUAC